CAAAUCCGUGUACAAAUAGUCCCCUUUUGGAGGAAGGAAAAAGAAAAACCACUGAGAGAAAAAUAAAAAACAAAAACAACUGCAAAAAAAGAGAAGAGAAGAGAACUAGAAAGCGUAACAGAGAAGAAGAAGGCGUAGAGAAAAAGAUUAUGAGCAGCUUUUCAAUGAAAUCUGAUGAUAAAAAGGAGAAGCCAGCAGUAGCCAUGUUAGCUGCAGAAGCGCCCAAGACAAACGCUGCCAUGGAAACGCAGUCUGCUAACGGCGGCGGUAGAAAAACGCGGAAACGCAACCGCAAAAUCUGUAUCUGCAUUACUCUCCUUAUCAUCAUCCUCGUCAUCUUUAUCGUCCUCCUAGUCUUAGCCCUUACUCUGUUCAAAGCCAAACGCCCAAUCACCACCAUCGAUUCCGUAGCCGUGGAUCGAUUCCAAGCUUCCGUCGAUCCACUUGCUCUCAAGGUCAAUCUAAACCUAACGCUCCGCGUCGAUUUCUCCUUGAAAAACCCUAACCGCGUCGGAUUCAGCUACGAUUCUUCGUCGGCGUUACUUAAUUACAGAGGCCAAUUGAUCGGUGAAGCGCCUCUCCCGGCGAGUCGAAUCGGGCCGGAGAAAACGAAGGCGAUGAACCUAACGCUGACGCUAAUGGCGGAUCGAUUACUCGCCGAAUCGCAGCUUCUCUCUGACGUCAUGGCUGGGGUGAUCCCGCUCAACACCUUCGUUAAAGUCGCCGGAAAAGUAAGCGUUCUCAACAUCUUCAAGAUUAAAGUCCAAUCGUCUACUUCCUGCGAUCUCAACAUCUCUGUUUCGAAUCGCAACGUCACGAGUCGGCACUGUAAGUACUCGACUAAGCUGUGAUUCUCAUCUUCACUAGAAGAAAGGAAUCUGAAAAGCUUUUAAUUUUUAUAGAUCUACACUCGUUGUCUUCUUGUUUUGAUGGGGUUUUGUUUGUUUUUUGAAAUCUUUUGAUCUUGUGUAUGUAUGUAUUAUUCGCUUUAGAAACAAAUAAAAUUGAAAAGGCAUUGUU